UUGUUCGUGCGGACGGUAGGAAAACUGCUGCUUCCGAUCCGCGCUGCUAAAUCGGUUUGUGUCCCUAAAAACACAAUUGUGAAACGAUCGUCAGAAGUAGAUAAGAGGAGGGAGGAAAGAGGGGUAAAAAAAAGGGGGGAGGCACAUGUGAGAAGGAGCAGCGUGGCGUCAAGUUUGCGUUGAUCACUGAGCGCUACAGUUUCAGACAUAUUUGUCAAGCGGAGGAGUCAUCAUCUCCAUCCUCAUCAUCAUCGGAUCAGCUCCAGCCGCAGCUCCGAGCCAAACUGUGACUCCGUGUUGUUGUGGCGAACUGGAGGACUGAGGUGAGCUGCGACUCUCGCUGCCUUCGACUUCCUGUGCACCUGCAUGUGCUGUAAGCAGCCCCAGCCUGUUGGAGAGCUGCUUCGGUCCGUGACUGUCUUGCUUUAGGAGAACCCAUGGCUUCUGGGCCUCCAUCUCCCUCCAUAGGCCUCAGGCUGCUGCAGCUGCUAAUUGGGGCUGUGUUUGUGCUGCUGGUGUCCGGGUUUGGAUCAGCUCUGGGUAACAAGGUCUACACCAACACAUGGGCGGUCCACAUACCCGGCGGUCCGGAGGAAGCUGACCAAAUUGCCAAGAAACAUGGCUUCAUAAACCAUGGACAUGUAUUUGGUGAUUACUAUCACUUCCGGCAUCACAGAGUGGUAAAGAGAUCGCUGUCUGAUCACAGAGGGGCACAAGUUCGUCUGGAAAGAGAUCCUAAGGUUACUUGGUCAGAGCAACAGGUGUCCAAACAGAGGAAAAAGAGGGAUACCGCCACAGAAUUUGUUGAUCCCAAGUUCAGAGACCAGUGGUACUUGUACAACCGCAACCACCAGGACUUGAAUGCCAAAGCUGCGUGGGAGUUGGGCUACACAGGUAAAGGGGUGGUGGUGUCCAUCCUGGAUGAUGGGAUAGAGAAGAACCAUCCUGACCUGUCGCAGAACUAUGACCCGGAAGCUAGUUAUGAUGUGAAUGAUGCCGACCCCGAUCCUACGCCUCGGUACACGCAGCUUAAUGACAACAGGCAUGGAACCCGAUGUGCUGGAGAGGUGGCGGCUGUGGCCAACAAUGGGGUCUGUGGAAUCGGCGUUGCCUACAAUGCGAAGAUUGGAGGAGUGCGCAUGCUGGAUGGAGAAGUGACUGACAUGGUGGAGGCCCAGUCUCUCAGUCUGAACCCGCAACAUAUCGACAUCUACAGCGCCAGCUGGGGCCCAGAAGACGAUGGCAAAACAGUCGAUGGACCCGCUAAACUGGCCAAGGAAGCCUUUCUUCGAGGAGUCACAGAGGGUCGUGGCGGUUUGGGCUCCAUAUUUGUGUGGGCCUCUGGGAAUGGAGGAAGGGAGAAGGACAACUGUAACUGCGACGGCUACACCAACAGCAUUUACACUCUGUCCAUCAGCAGCACCACGCAGAACGGCAACGUCCCCUGGUACAGCGAGGCCUGCUCCUCCACCCUCGCCACCACCUACAGCUCGGGGAACAUCAAUGAGAAACAGAUUAUUACAACAGACCUCAAAUCCAAAUGUACCGACUCUCACACUGGCACCUCUGCCUCCGCCCCACUGGCUGCUGGGAUCAUCGCUCUCGCCCUAGAAGCCAAUAAAAACCUCACCUGGAGGGACAUGCAACAUCUGGUUGUGCGAACUUCUCGGCCUGCUCACUUGCUCACUAAUGACUGGAGAACCAAUGGAGUUGCACGCAAAGUUAGUCAUUCAUAUGGAUAUGGUCUGCUUGAUGCCAGUGCAAUUGUAUCACAGGCGAAGACAUGGACAAAUGUGGGGCCACAGAGAAAGUGUGUGAUCUCCGUUCUCAGUGAGCCGAGGAACAUUGGCAGCCAUUUGUUGAUUGACAAAAACGUGGACUCCUGCCUGGGCUCAGACAGCUAUGUGACCUCGUUAGAGCACGUCCAGGCCCGGCUCACCCUCACUUACAACCGGAGGGGGAACCUGGCCAUCCACCUCAUCAGUCCCGCCGGCACGCGCUCCACCCUGCUCCACCCGAGGCCUCAUGACUAUUCAUCGGAGGGUUUCAAUGACUGGGCGUUCAUGACCACCCACUCCUGGGACGAGAACCCCAGCGGCGUGUGGAGACUGGAGAUUGAGAAUGUCUCCGGUGCCAGUGACUACGGCACCCUGACCCAGUUCACCCUGGUGCUGUACGGCACCGGCUCACCAUCCUCCAAAUCCUCUGAACAACCCCAGUCCAACAGCGACAUAUGCAAGACUUUGGAUCUGAGUAUGAAAUGCAUCGAGUGCAACCCUGGCUACUACCUCUUUCAGCAGGGCUGUGUGAAAGAAUGUCCUGCGGGCUUCGCGGUGGGCUCCCAGCCCCUCAACUACACGGUGGGGAACUACAUCCAGCCAGCUUCCGUCCCGGCUUGCCUGCCGUGCCCGUCGCCCUGCGUCACCUGCAGCAGCCUCAGCCCCCUGUUCUGCCUGACCUGCCCCGAUCACAGCUCCCUUAACCAGGUCUCUGGCACCUGCCUGCACCUCAACCACUCCAUGCGCGAGUCGCCGGGGGCCUUCAUGGAGGAGCUGAAGCCUUGGCUCAAGCACGACUCUCGGCUGCCCUUCACCGUCGCCGUGCUAGGCUGCAUGGCCAUCAUUGCGACCUUCGCGGGCGUCUUCCUGAUGCUGCAGCUGCGCUCCGGCGCGCUCAUCAAGCUGCCCUUGCUGGAGCCCGGCGGCGGCUUCAGCCUGAGGGGGAGCAGGGUGGUGUCGUACCGCGGCAUCCCGACGGUUUGGGGGGACGACGGACUGAACACUGACUCAGAAAAUGAAGAGUUCGCCGUCCAUAACGAGAGAACUGCCUUUAUCAAAACACAAAGUGCUCUUUAAUGCCUUCAUAACUCCCUCUUCCUCCUGCUCUACUUUUAAACUCCCUUCCUCUCCAUCUGUCUGACACUUCAGGGCUGUUCGCGGUGCUCAGUCUCGUCCGCACAUACACCCAGUUAAUUUUAUUCUUUCUAUCUUAUCAGAUCCUCAUCUGCUUUUAGGAACUGGUUGUGGGAGCCUUGAUGGGAAGCUGCUGUUUUUGAAAGCUGAGGACGGCCUAAGCUUUUCCCUCUGUUCACAGUUGGCUGCAUUUCUGUUCAGGUGUCUCCCUCCUCCAAACCUCUGAUCACUCGCAGCAUCUGUUGGUGCAGAGUUCAUUUCCCUCCAGCUCCUUUUUGUUACAGUAAACAAAUGCUUAUCAUUUACUGCGUCUCCCUGCUUCCCCCCCCCCCUUACCUUCCAUUAGUCUCAGUGCAGUAGCCAGAUGAGAUUUUUGAAUGUGAGAGUAAGAGAUGAUUUUGUGUGCAUGUGCAUUUCUGAAUGAAUGAGCCUUCAUAAUAAAGGGUGUCGAGAUCUGAUGAGCAGCAUGGAGCGUCGCGCCCCUAGUGAAGUCGUUUAAAGCGUUUCCUGUCGUUUAAUAUUUUAGCUGAUGACAAACUGACGGUUAUUAAAGAGGCAUUCACUUAAAAGCAUUUAUUCUCUCCACAUUAUUUGUUGACAUCAGGAUUUGAAACCGGGGCAGCAAAAUCCAACGUUUUAGCAGGGAGUCACGCUUCUCAAGUGCUUUCAAAUGAAAAGCAUAACUAGCAAUAAGAAUUUAAAUUUAAUCAUUUAAAAAGCAAGAAAUAACUAAAAGCUGCUCCAUCGUUUUAGAUUCCAGCCUCACAUUUUCUGCACUUUAGGACAAAAAAAUGGCCCCCCAAAAAAAGCAAA